AUGUGCGUAAGGAUCAUCAUACACCACCCUGAAUCCUGCGGCCACCGCGCGGUGCACAUAGAGUGCUGCAAGACUAAGUUUAUCCCCAAGAGCUGGCAAUCUAGCGCGUACGUGAUGGAGUAUCCCGUUAUACGGCAGAUAACGGUGAAUGUGGGUUGGGAAUGCGAGAAUUGUGACAUCUACCUGGACGACAGCACUCGGGAAAAGGCUUAUUCCUCGCUGGUCAAGGCUACUAUGCCUGGGGGUGAUGCCACCCUCCGCGCCAUCGCCACCAUCUCAGCGAGCACUAUGACUAAAGUCCCUGAAAUUGUUGAGGUGGCCAGCGUCCUUGACAAAGACCACGCUUAUAUCCCCGGCUCGCUAACCCUCGAUAGACGGCCGCCUGUAAUGUGCCGGAUCUUCAGCGACAAUGACACCAUAUACACUGCCUAUGGUCAGCCCGAUCCGCAAGAAGAGAAUCCCAACCAGUCUGAGCUAGACGGGGCGAUUGAAGAUGGGGUCAGGGCAGCGGAGGUGGAGGAUACGUGCCUCGCCGGUGAAACUUCUCAGCCCUCGGCUUGGCACCGUCAAGCUAAGCACCGUCAUCAAGCUGCCUUAGCCGUUGCUUCGUCCCAUGGCAUCAAAAUGCCACCACCAGCUUCAUUGGAUAUUCGUACCGAAUUCUUGGGAGAGGGUCAAGCGAAGAAUUGUGAUUGGGGCAUGGAGAAAAGAUCCGUAUUUAAGGCAUUGAGGGCGUCUUCUACGGAGUCACGAUCUAGACGGUUAGCCCGGAGGAAUGCACUAAUAGAAAAGAAGAACUCAAAUUGA